GUGACCGAAGCAGCUGCUGAGCUGAGUUCAUGAUUUCACAAAAUGGUGCUAGGCUGUCAGGAGGAAUAAAGUAAACACAAUAUUUGAUUCUAAUAUUGAUUAAAGCUUUUUAAGAAUGAUUACCACACUCUGUCUUAAGGACACACUGCGAAUACUAUUGACCUCACAGUUCUUACACACACUCUGCGAACUACAACACGGAAAACAAUCUGCACAAAUACUACCAUGCACAAUGAUUAAACUGCUUACCUUAAAGAAAUAUUGUAUGUUCUGUUACUUUCCCUCUUAUCUAGUUUGGCUGUUGCAGCCGUGAGUGUUGGCAAGAAAAGCCGUUUGUGUUCUGUCGUAAGGUGCAGGGAGGUGGAGUGCCAUGACUUUAUGCAGCAAUUCAAACAAGAUUUCAGUGGGUCCAUAGUUCAUACAGGUCAGGUUUUUGUCUCCUGACUCUGAUAGCUUGGAACAUGCAAAUCCCCUCUAGGUGGCAAUGAGUAGGAAGUGACAGUGUGAAGAAAAAUAUUGAACCGUUGCACAUGCGCAUGACAUAUUGUGACUUCAAAAUCCAAUGCAAUGCUGUAAAAUGAAGCUGACUCUUAAAGUCUAGUUUUUUUUUUAAAUAUGUUUUUUUUGUGUAUUAAAACAGAUUGUUUGACCAGCAGUCUGCUGUAAUGUAAACCAUUCUGAACGGUCUGUUGUUGAAAUACAACAGUUUUAGUUUUUGCCUUUGCUUUCAUCCUGUUACAUAACUGUGAUGACUUUGAUGGAUAUUUAUUGUCGACAGCACAGCAAUAAAUCAUUGUUAAUCAUUCAUCUGUUUUAUUCAACUUUCGGAGCCUUUAUCGCUAUCACUUUUGUCACACCGUUAGAGGUUUGCUUAGGACCAUCUGUGUAGACAGAGGGAAUCAGAAAUGAACACAUUUAGUUGUUGUAGCGAUUAAGGAAAAGGCCAACAGCAUGAGAGUGACUAACCCAUGUGUCAUGUGUCGUCUCACAAGUACUUGCUGAAGUCUUUCUUUCCCUAGGAAACAAUUCCUAGUUCCACCACUUGAAAGAGUAUUUGAGUCUUUUGAAAUGUUCAAAUAAGUUGUAAAUCUAUCAUUUAUUGAUUGUGGAACGGUCGGCAAGUAGAAGAUAACUCAAAGGAAUGUUAUAAAUUAAUAUAUAAACAUAACAUUGGAACUUUAAGAGGGGGCAUCAAAGUCAGGUCAUAGUAGCAGUAGCACAUUGAAACAAUCCCACUUCCCCCUCUCUGCUCCUGUGGUCAUCCUUCCCUCUGUCUGCACUGGCAGAGCAGGGUUCUAGUCAUGCAUGUGGACACUGUCUUUCUCGUGUGUCCCCUGAUUUUUGCAGCCUUGUGGAAGGGGGUCCAGGCUGUCUCUCCCGUACCCUCGGUCCCUGACCGUGUCCAAGCUUUGGUGGGCUCCUGUGUGGUGAUUCCCUGCUCUUUCACUCCUCUAGCUCCUCACCCUCUCAAGGGGAGGAAGGAGAGGUUGGACGUGCGACUAAGGUUCAGAGGUGGUGGCCAUUUAUUUCCUCUACGGAGCACUGCUUUUAACAGCGAGGACAGGGAUCAAGUGAGCAGGGAUUUCUCUGGCCGGACCUCCCUCUUUGGGCAAAUCACGGAUGGAGACUGCUCAGUGAAGAUAGAGAGGCUCAGCCUGGAUGACUCACGGAUGUUCGAGAUCGCUCUGAAAAGAGGUGGUGACUUGCUCUGGGGAAAACCACGGAGCUUUAAUCUGGACGUUAUCGACACUCCCGAGGCUCCCGUCAUCAGCGGCAUGUUGUCAGUCACGGAAGGACAGCUGGUCACUUUGAACUGCUCCGUCAGCUAUCACUGCCCCUCCAGACCUCCUGCCCUGCAGUGGAGGUGGGAGAGAGGAGCCCGUCGGAACACCACCGAGCCUGGGGAGGUACAGACACUCUACCCAGAGCCCCACAGGCUGAUGUUACUGGCCCCUCUGUCCUUUGUUGUGUCCCACCAGGUGAAACCCAGGCUCAGAUGUGAGGUCAGCUACCCGGGAGCCAGAAAACUGGCCACCUCGAAGACUCUGCAUGUGACAUUUCCACCAAAAGAAGUGAAAGUUCAGGUUCAGUCCCUGACAGUGCAGGAAGGGGGCAGUGCCUUGCUGGUCUGCUCAUGUAAAGCUGACCCUCCGGUGUUGGAGUACCGCUGGUCCUACACUCAACGCGGCCGUACGGUGCACCUCCGCCAGCGCACACACACAGUUCGGGUGUACAACGUGACGCGAGACACGAGGGUCCGCUGCUCAGCACAGAACCUGAUUGGUCAAGCAGAGUCCCUGCCCACGCCACUGAAUAUACAAUAUAAACCAGCCAUCCUCCGGCUCUCCUCCACCUGUGUAGUAGAGGAGUUGGAGGUGCUGUGCCGCUGUUCAGUCGACUCCAACCCCAAAGCCGCGGUCACCUGGAGCGUCAAUGGGACUGUUCCACCUUGUGAUUACAACGUGUCAGUAACAUCAGAGCCUCACAUGCUAACGGCCACUCUGGGGGGCCACAUGGACAAACCCCUGACCGUGAUCUGCUUUGCUUUCAACGCAGUGGGAAAUGACUCCCUGGUUUUGCUGCAGGGAGGAGAGCAGGAGACAGCACACUUGUGGUGGUUGGUGAUACCUGCUGUGGCCAUCUGCUUGGUCAUAUUCCUCCUGUCUCUUAUUUGCUACUGCUGCCGAAAGAGAGCCGGAAAGGAUGUCCUGAGUAGAAAUCCAGCUGUUUACCCUGAAGGGCUGGGAAUUUAUCGGGACAGGAUGCCCCUCUAUAUUAACUGCACGGAAGUGACUCAUAUCUACACCAACGGCAGCUACCAACUUGUAUACCAGAACUGCACGCCUCUUUUUGUCCAUAAUAACCAGAUACGUCCAAUGGGCAGAAGAGGUGGCGAGAGGAGAAGAGGGGGACAGGGUGCGGGAAUCGACCGGCGAGCCGCUUUCGGAGUCAGAGGCACAAGAGAGGUGCAGAGCUCUGCUGUGGCUGAGGCAGAGACGGCCAUCUAUCUGGAGAUCCUCUGAGUCACAUUAUUCAUAUUACAUUUAACUCAUUGUGGACUUCAGAGUUAUUCUCUUUCUAAUGGUAAUUCAUAUGUUUUCUGUAGCUUUCAGGUUAUCUGUAUCAACAUUUCAAUAUCUUGCACUGUGAUUUGUUGAAAAGCUAGUGGUGGUCUGUCUCUCUCAUAAUCUCCUUACUGAACAAUUUCUGUCUCUUUGAUUGUUGGACUUUGACCUACCUCUGCUCUUUUUAUAAAACACGAAAAGGUGUAUCAAAAGAGGUUUU